CAGCUGCAACACUCGGACGCAGCACAAAGCGAAAGAACAAUCCGAGAAAAAGCCCGGCGAAAGCGGCGUCGGCGGCGAUGUUGCGGCAGAUGCGAUGGCUGACGGACAGGGAAGGGAGGUGGGAGCUGGACGUGGAGUCCCCGGCGACGAUGGAGGGCACGGCGCGCCCGGUCCCGGGCGACCCGCUGCCCCUCGGUCUCUCGCGGGGGCCCCGCGUCACCCGCACCAAGCAGCUCGACUUCUUCCACCGCUUCAUGGCCUCCCCGCUCGUCCCCUCCUUCUCCGCCUCCCGCGCCGGCCUCUCCCUCCAUCACGCGCACCUCCUCCAUCUCGCCCACAACUGGUCAUUUACUAUCUUGGAGCAGCUUCAUGUACAGAAGCUCGUGACAGCCGUGAAGGAGAAGCUGUCAAAUCAUCGACAAGGGGUUCCCUGGUCCAAUGAUCUCGAGAGGCAUUUGCAUGACGUCAUUUCUCUAGGUGUUGGCACGGAAUUCUUGAUCACACCAGACACGGCAUUGCUGCUGGAGUUGUACAAUAUCAACAAGGGGGACCGAGGCAAAGCGAUUAUUCACCACAAGCUUCCUCAACAAAAUAUUACAUUAGCAGCAUCUUGGCCUGGAUUAUUUGUUGAUAAACAGGGGGUGUACUGGGAUGUGCCUUUAUCAUUGUCAGCUGAUCUUGCUUCAGUCGGCUCCAGUUCUGGAUUGAGUUAUCAUCUAUUGUUACAACAGAAUAGUGGGGAGCCAAAAUGUUUUGGUGGUGAUGAAACCAAUGAUGUUCCUCUCGCUCUGCUACCUGGUUUGUGUGCUAAAGCAGCUAUUUCCAUCAAGAGAAGUAUUGAUGCUUGGAGGAAGAAAGAAGACAAGCUAAAAAUGGUUCAGCCUUAUGAUGCAUUUCUCUCAGACCCUCAUGUUUCAUUCACUGGAAUUGUUGGUGCUGUAGCCAGUGGUUCUUUGGGAGAUUGUUCAAAAAGAAUUAUAGUGCCGGACGAAAUGCGAAAAAGCAAUGCCUUCAGAGUAUUCCACGAGAGGAAUAAGUUUGCUGCAUUUGCAGACCUCUUUGCUUCUGUUACUUUUACAGCUCAACAUGGAAAUUUCCAGAGGCUUUUCCUGGAUUUGACCAGGGUCAGUGCCCGAUUAGAUAUAUCCUCAGGAUCUUUGUUCUUACGUGGUGCUUCUCGAUUAGCGCAAGAUUUUUUCUUCUCUAGACGGCCUGAUUUAGAGACAUUCUGUGAUGUUUGUCCAGAUGUGAUUGUUUCUCUUCAACAACAGAUAGUUGGACCAUUCAGCUUUCGUGUUGAAUCUUCUGUUGCCAUUGACCCAAGAAGUCCAGACCAUUUUGUUCGAGUGGGCGACUCGGUCUUCGCCAUUGAUUGGGCCCUGAAGGUUCUGGGUUCAGCAAAGGCCACAGCUUGGUAUUCGCCCAAGCAUCAGGAAGCAAUGGUGGAGCUUCGUUUCUUUGAGGUCUGAUGAAGCAUAUAAAGGUUCCAUCUCACGUCGAAGGUCACAAGCAUAAUCAUGUGGGUUUAUGGUCCGUUCAUAUAGUGCCACAUGGUGUAUCCCAUCAUAUGAAUGGUCGAUGCUGCGUUUAUCAAGCCUAUGCAUACAACACCACUGGAUUUAUCUGGGUUAUAUUACUUUAGACAUAUUGGAUCAUCGGUCCUGCCAUGCUGCUCAUCGGGUAAAAUAGUUUCUGCUAUAGAGUAAUCCAUGGAGGAAAUUAUUAUUUCAGUUCUAGGACAGUUGUUAUGUAUUCACAUUGUCCGUCAAUUGAGAAUACAUUCUAAUUGUAUAUCGUACUUUCACUGGCCACAUUUGCUCUUGUUCAUCAAUUCAUUAUUACUAUAUGGUUUGAGAGUUUCA